AUCAUCCCGUGACGUAGACACGCUACUCCCGACUCUCCAGAGAAGAAGAAGAAUAACAAAAGCACAGCCAGGCUCUCACUCAUCUUCUGUCCUCUCUGGGUUCACUACAACUCCGAUUCAGAAAAAUGUGACUGAACCGAGGAGGGUUUCCGUGUGGAGGAGCUGAUCGUCAGGAGAAACGCUGCUCCUCUUCUCACACGUCUUCCUCUGUGUGCGCUCAGCUAUCUCUGCGGUUAGCUCUGAGGCUAGCUCUGGAGCUAACUGAGGCUCGCUCCUCCUCAGCUGGCUCGUCGGUGUCUGACAGACGCUGUGACCGGGGCACAGUCAGUCGGUGAUUACUGUUUAAUUAACCUCGACCCUCUGCCUCCGUCUGCCCGGAGCUGAUCAUCAGGGUAGAGAUGGGAAGUCUGGGCAGCAGGUUCCAGUCGCCCUCUCAGGCUCCAGAGGAAGCUGUAGAGGGCACAAGCACCAGCCGCAGACGCAGCUGUGAGUGCAAGAAGAGGAAAAGAAAUGCCCCGUGUGACUGUGACAGUGAACAAGAGGAGGAUGAUGCCAUACUGGAUACACCUCGCAGGAAGAAACUGAAAUGCACAUCGAGGUACAUUUAUCAGACCUUAUUCCUGAACGGUGAAAACAGCGACAUUCGCAUCUGUGCUCUGGGGCAGGAGUGGAACUUGCACAAAGUUUACCUGUGCCAGUCGGGAUAUUUUUCCAGUAUGUUUAGCGGCUCUUGGAAAGAGUCAAACAUGAUGGAAAUUGGCUUGGAGAUCCCGGACCAGAACAUCGACACUGAAGCUCUACAGGUCGUAUUUGGAUCCCUGUACCGGGACGAUGUUCUGAUCAAGCCCAGCAGAGUCGUCAGUAUUCUUGCCGCUGCUUGCAUGUUACAACUGGACGGUUUGAUCCAGCAGUGUGGAGAAACCAUGAAGGAAAACAUCAGUGCAAAGACUGUGUGCGGCUACUAUGCUUGUGCCAGCAUCUACGGCUUGGAUUCAGUCAUGAAAAAGUGUCUUGAGUGGCUUCUGAACAACCUGAUGACCCACCAAAAUGUGGAGCUGAUGAAAGAACUUGGAGCUGAGGUGAUGGAGCAGCUCAUUCAGUCCUCAGACCUGUUUGUAAUGCAGGUGGAGAUGGAUGUAUACACUGCUCUGAAAAAGUGGAUGUUUCUGCAACUCAAUCCAUCGUGGGACGGUCCCAUCAAGCAGCUUCUGGCUGAUGCUGAUGCCUGGUUGUGCAAGCGCAGGACUGACAUGUGUGAGAGAGAGCCCUUCUUGAACACAGACGAUGGUGCAUCUUUUUGUUCGGUGUUCAAAUACGUUCGUCUCCAGUACAUCAUCAACGAUUUGGCAUCUGCACGCAUCCUGGAGAGAGAUAAUAUUUUGCCCUCUGAUUGGCUAACAUCAGUUUACAAAAACCAGUGGUUUGCAAUGCUCCGGACGGAGUUUGACAAUGACAACGGUCCCCAGGAAGCCAACAGAGAGGAGUUUGAGCUGAGCAGUAUGAGGUGUGGCAGGAAGCUGACCAAAGAUGGAGAUUACUGCUGGCGGUGGACAGGCUUUAACUUCGGCUUUGACUUGUUGGUGACUUACACAAACCGCUUCAUAGUUUUCAAAAGAAAUACCCUGAGUCAGCCAUGUGGGGGCGCUGUGAGCCUGCAACCCCGGAGGCAUUUGGCUUACAGGUUACGUCUCGCCUCCUUUGACAACCGUGGAAAGCUGGUCUGCAGUCGCUCGACGGGUUACCAGCUCCUCACCCUCGAGAAAGACCAGGAGUAUGUGGUGAUGAACCUGGACAGCCGCUUGUUAUCAUUCCCCCUCUACGUGUGCUGCAACUUCCUGUAUACGUCGCCACAGUUGGACAACCGUCCAGAUUCCUCAGAGCAAGACAGCACUGUUCGCUGUGUGUCUUGAUGCUAGUCCACCCGCUGCCAUUCUCACGGUGAAGCCAGGACACUGACACAAGCUUGUAUGUACAAUCCACCACCAUAUUCAACACCAUUUCCACAUGGGACAUAUCGUCUGCAUGCUCUGUACCUCAGUGAGGUGGGAUUGGAAAAUGAUUUGUGUCAAUGUAUUUAGUGUUUUGGCACAUUCUGAGUUUACUGUGUGACAGAGACACAUCACAGUGGCCAGGAAAGAUCAGGCCACACUCCACCUUCAGAGCAGCUUCACUCGUCCUCAAAUGUUUGUCAUGAACUGUCUCCAUUGAGAUGUUGGGCCUUUGAUCAAAAUGAAAAACGACAUUUAUCUUGAGGUAAUGAAACUUUGCUUUGGACUCCUCACUUCAGUGUGAAAUAGUCAUAAUGGCUUUGUGGUGUUUAGAUCUGGUGUUUUUGUGACGACCCUGGAAGAGUUUCACCUCACACGUGUAUUAUCGAAACUAGCAUGGAAUUGGUUUUGUCGAUAAUUGUGGGAACACUAUCAUUCUUGGAUGUAUGAACAUCACCGGAGGCUGAAACUGAACAUUUGAAAAGCCUCAUCUGCAGAGCAAACCUCAGACUUAGGGACAUCCAUGAGGUCAAAUGGAAUUCAGGUCCACUCAUGGAAAAAAGAAAAUCUCUGUUAAUGUUGUCCAUUUAAUUUGCCCUAAUUUAAAUACACGUGACUCACGGUGAAAGAAAACACAACAGAUGGUCAUCAAUUGUCCAUCAGAGGUCAAUACCUCAGAAAACCUGAUAACUGCAUCAGUAAGAUCGAUUUGAGCUUUCAAAAUGUAUAAUCGUGUUAGAAGAGCAGUUGUUGCACUCACUUAUACGGGAAGGUUUCAGUCUUUUGUUCCUCUAAUCAUAUUUACAAUUCACUCGGGGUGUGCACAGAGGUGUGGUCCAGAGUCCACGGGUGUGUUUUGAAGUGGGUCGACACUUUUCACAUUCUGUUCCCAAUUUGUUACUUGUAUUGACUUGAAUUUUUGGCUCAGUGAAGCAGAACCCAAAUAGCAAACACGUAAAAGGUGUAAGCUGUUUUAACUUGUUAACUCUACGAGGUCCAUUGGUUAAGAUCUGGUAUAAACAUCCCUCCUGAGUGAUUCACUUGUGAUUGGAUCUCGCAGGGUUGGAUGUAAAUACCUGAUAUGAGUCUCAAGGUCCUAGUUUGUCUGCUAAUGUUAUUCUUCACCAAGAACUUCUGUUAAAGCUCUUCAGGUCAGAAAGUUCACUACCUCUUUAGUUAAGUGCAGGAAGUGGCAUCACUGACCCCUGAAGGACCGGACUUUAAAAUUAAGUUGAUAUGAAUAAAAAAUAGACGUAAGACACCAGCUCCCUGAAAUAUUCACUUUCAGCUGUAUCGACCAGCGACACAGUUCUUCCUCUGCAGUGCACUCGCUCUUCAUUUCAUGGGAGCGUGAGCAGACGUUUACUGCUGCUCCCCUCACCACACAAAGAAAUUUGCAGCUAAGUUGUUGAAAAAUAACGUUCGGCUAUUUUGUAAAUCUGUUACCUCAUGUUUUGAAAACAUAAAUGUGGGGGUUUUCAGUCGUGUAAAUUGUACAGCUAAUACAUUCUUGUGUAACUCACCUGUAUAGCUCCAACUGUCAUCAGGUUUGUCAACUGUUUUUAUUUGGCAUUUAUUUAUUUUUUUACUUCAUUUGUAUUUGUAUGGACUUUCUUUUUUUUUUU